AUGGUAGAACCACAUAUUUCUCCAAGAGACGUCAUCGUCCAUCCAUCGCGGACCCCAUCGUCGCCCUACCACAUUUUCUUUCUUCCGGGUAACCCUGGACUGGUAGAGUAUUAUGCCGGCUUCCUCGAAUCGCUUCAUCAGUCGCUGAACAAGGCGUUGCCUGGGUUUCAUGUCACAGGCUGCUCUUUUGCCGGGUUUGAAACUACAGCAUCUAUAAAUAAUAGUGCUCAAGGCCGGGGAAAAGAACAGCUAUACAACAUCACUGAACAAACCGAUUUCGCCCUGGAAAAACUACGGCAAUGCAUCACCACCGACAACAUCUCGGAAUCAAAACCAAAAGUCAUCCUCAUCGGCCACUCCUUUGGAACUUUUGUAGCUACGGAGGUGAUGAAGCGCAUCCAGACCGAGCAAUUGCGAGAAGCGUUUGAUGUGGUCGGCGGCGUUCUCUUGUUUCCGCCCAUUCCGGACUUGGAGAUGAGUCCUCGCGGGUCGAAGCUUGCUGCAUUUCUCCGCUGGAAAUACCUGCCUGGAAUCUGCUCGUCGCUGGCGGGACUUGUGCAUAUCCUUCCAGUCAGCUGGACACACGCGGUCAUUAGACAUGCCACUGCGUUUCCAGCCGAUGCACUCGCAACAACGCACGCGUUUUUGGGAAGCAAAACCGGCGUUGCUCAAGCCCUCUAUUUGGGCCGCCUCGAAUGCGACGAAAUCAAAGCCGCUCGCUGGGAAUCCGCGUUCCAGUCCAUCGCCCAACUCACUCCAAAACCACCAGUAAUUCGCAUCUUUUUCGGCAGCGACGAUCACUGGGUGUUGAACGAGUUGCGGGAUGCGUUUGUAUCUCAGUACUGUGACCCUAAUGGUCCCAAGGGUUUUGGUGAGAAACUAGAUAUUACGGCAAGGGUUGAUCCGAGUGAUGAUGGGGAUGAGACGAGUGUGGUGAUUCCGCAUGAUUUUUCGAUUCGGCAUAGUGAGCACGUGGUCCCGUAUGUGGUCGAGGAUAUCAACGAGAUAGUGCAUGCUAUUGCACAGUAA